GCCUUUGUUUGUGGCCUUCCAACCAACUGCAACACAGUACACGCCCCCGAAUCCAUAUAUUAAUAGUGUCCACACAAUUAUGCCCAAUAUACGAGGCUUCUAGUGAGCUGAGAGCAUCAUCCAAUCUUCCAUAUUCCUCAUUGUCAUUUUGGGUGACUUGAUCACUUCUUGCGUAACCAUGGUCGACGCAUUCUGUGCCACUUGGAAGCUGGUUGACAGCGAGAACUUCGACGAGUACUUGAAGGCUCUUGGUGUCGGCUUUGCCCUGAGACAGGUCGGAAAUGUGACAAAGCCAACGGUAGUAAUAAGUCACGAGGGUGGAAAGUUUGUCCUGAAGACACUAAGCACCUUCAAGAACACCGAGAUCUCGUGCAAAAUGGGGGAGGAAUUCGAUGAGAGCACCGCGGACGACAGGCAUUGUAAAUCACUUGUAGCAAUGGAGGGGGACAAACUGGUGCAUACUCAGAAGUGGGAUGGGAAGGAGACGAGAUUCGUCCGGGAAAUCAAAGACGGCAAAAUGAUUAUGACCAUGACCCUGGGUGGCGUAACGGCAGUGCGCACAUACGAGAAGGCAUGAAGGGAUCCCAACUUUUGUCCACCUCAAAUUUGGCUUGCUUUUCAGAAAUACGGACUACAGAAACAGCGAUGCUGUUGUAUGCAGAACUUUGCACUUCAUUCUUCAAAGUGUUUGAAUAUCGACUGAGAAAAAUACUUUUAUAAGAAUUUUAUACCUCUUUGUUUUUCACGAAUGAACUUGACAGAUUAAAAUCACUUGAAAAAAUA